AUGCCGUGCCAGGCUUUGACGGGUGGCGAGGAGGCGCUUGAGAAGCAGACAGAGAGGGACACAGAGGGAUGGAGAGGGAGGAGAGGGAAGGAGGCCGUGGAUGGCUUCGCGGCCUUGGCAAAGGCUCGCAUCCCACAGCUCUUGUUCUACUCAUUCCACUCGUGCAAGCACCCAACACCCCUGCAGGCCUUGGCCGAGGCGGAGCGCGAGGAGGCUGAAGCAGAAGCAGCUGCAGUGGUCGUGGAUGUUGACGCCCCGGCGAAGAUCGGGGCGCCUGGGAUCCUGCCGUCCGGGGCAUGCCCCGGCCACUACGCAAACGUCGGCCGGUCCCUGGCUGGCAAAGCGAAACUUCGGAAGGGCACGGUCUGGGCAGCGACGAGCAUGUGCAAGUACGGGUGCCAAGCUGUUGUCUUGCGUGUGAACUCUGAUGGCUCCAGCGGCUUUCACAUGGGGUUUUCGAAGACCAGCCAGCAGUGGGUACCUGGCAUCGUGCGCGAGAUUUGGCCGGAUGGUUCUCUUCAUGUCCAAUACGAGCACGCGCAGCACUUGUACAAAGUCCUCGCUCCAGAGCUGCAGGGCUCCAUGCUCCGAGCUUCUGGGCAAAUCGCGGAGCCGGACACGCAGGAAGAGGGAGGAGAUUCGCGAGUAGCUGCCUUGGUCGAGGAGGCUGAACGUCUCAAAGCAACCAUUGCAAAGCAGCAAGAGGAGAUCAGUGCUCUGCAGCAGAGACAAGCACAGCCGGCCGCGGCGGCUGUGGCCCAGAAUGCACGUGGGCUCGUGCAGGUCCAGCUGCAAACUAGACAAGAUCAGACACCACAGCAAUCCGAUCAUGUGCAGCCGCAGCAACAGCCCUUGCAGCCGCCCCAGCAAGCGCCACAGCAGCAGCAACAGCAGCGACGAAAGCCAAGCGCACCUGCGCCUUUUGCCGUGGUUCAGCCGAACGGCUUUGCAAGGGCGGUCGAAAACCGAGAAGAGGAGAACUGGACGUGCUCGGUGUGCACUUUUGAGAAUGUGGAGCCCCUGACCGAGUGUGAGAUGUGCGGCACGAAGCGUUCUUCCCCCAGCUCUCCGCAGCGAAAGAGACUGAAAAAGAGUCCUCCUGACAUCGUCGAGGUGGAUGCUGUGUUGGAUCAUCCCAGCCGCCAGAAUGCUCCGGAGGUAACAGCAGGCCCCGCCGAGUUCCUCCGCUGUGCCACCGCGGUGAUUGAACCCGGUAUCGGGGCCCGAUCUGCGUCACAGGUGCAGGGCCCUGAAGACGAAGCCAUGAUCGAGGUUCCGGUGCCUGACUGCCUGUCCGCUGGUCCCUCGGGGGACCCCCUGCGAUUGACACAGACUCUCCAUGACCGGCUCUGCCCCUAUCAGCGAGAAGGAGUGGCAUGGAUGUGGCAUCUGCAUGCUCGCAAGCACGGAGGCAUCCUGGCAGACGAGAUGGGGCUGGGAAAGACGGUGCAGGCUUGUGGCAUGAUCCGGGCACUUCGUGCAAAACAGGCUACCCACGUGCUGGUGGUGAUGCCUGUGACCCUCUUGGAUCAGUGGGCCCAGGAGCUGAAAAAAUGGUGUCCUGGCUGCCCGGUAUUCAUCUACCACGGGUCGCCGACACACCGAGCGCGAGCCCUCCGUGCCGUGGCACGGGCACGGGGAGGUGUCUUGCUCACCUCCUAUGCCAUCAUCAAGAACGAAGACGAGAAGCUGGCCAUGGUGGACUUAUCCGAGGAUGCCGAAAGCAGCGGCCUGAGCAAGUCUGAGUGGCGGCCUUCGAAGGGAGCGAAACGAGCCCGCGGAAUGGCCGCAGCGGCCUGGAUAAAGCCCUGGGACCUUGUGAUCUGCGACGAGGCCCACGUCAUGCGGACGAUCUCCACUCUUCUGGGCAAAGCCGUGCGACGGCUGAAGGCUGACUGCCGCAUCCUCUUGACAGGCACACCAGUUCAGAAUGCUUUGCAGGACUUAUGGGCGUUGAUGGACUUUGCGCAGCCGGGUCUUCUGGGCAACCACGCCACCUUUACCAAGCGCUUCAAUGAUCCGAUUGAGAAAGGAAGCGUUCGGGAUGCAUCGCCCUCUGCUGUAGCUCUCAAGAAGCACCUUUGCGAGCAGCUCUGGGAGCUCGUGAGGCCGCAUCUGCUACGUCGGACAAAGGAUCGCGUCGGCAUGAUGGACCACAGUGCUGGAGUCGAAGCUCGAGGCAGCACCGAAGCUCUGACGAAGCCGCUCCCACCCCGCACAGAGUUUGUUGUGUGGCUUGUGCCCUCGAAAGAUCAAGUCCGGAUCUACCAAAAAGCUCUGGAGACCAGCGAAAUUAUCCACGAAGCGAACAGCAAAAGCAAGCUGGGAGUUGAAGUUUUCCGGGCCAUCGGGCUGCUGAAGCGACUCUGCAACCACCCUGCGUUGGCACUUCCAACACACGAGAACUGGCAGCGUGCGCUUGCGACAGCAGGGGAGGGCCUCUUGGGGCCUGCGGAGCUGACAAGAAUGGCACGGCCAAGCAAGCGCACCAAGGGCCCAGCGGAGUCCGAUCCACACCCGGUGGAGCCUGAGGAGGACGACGCGGCCCAGGAUGCACAGCCGGGCAAGGCGGUUGAGCGCAUGUUGAGGAAUCUCAAGAGCAGCGCAGAGGCGAUGAUCUCGCAAAGUGCGAAGCUGAAAUGCUUGGCAGCUCUGUUGCCGGCGUUGGAGUCCCGCGGGCAUCGGACGCUGAUCUUCUCACAGGGCAUUCGGAUGAUGGAUCUGGUGGAAAUCUGCAUCCUGCGGAAACAGAAGAUCAAGUACCUGCGAAUCGACGGCCACACGGAGAUCGCGGCCCGAAACGAGCGAGUACGUUUAUUUCAGACGCAGCCGCAGUCCUACACCUGCAUGCUGCUGACCACGAGAGUGGGCGGAUUCGGCUUGAACCUUACCUCAGCAGAUCGCGUGAUCAUCCUCGACCCGGCAUGGAAUCCUGCUGUCGACAUGCAAGCUGUCGAUCGGGCGCAUCGCAUAGGACAAGACAGGGAGGUCAAAACCUAUCGCUUGGUCAUGAGUGGCCUGAUUGAAGACAAGAUGUUCCGGCUUCAGGUCUUCAAGAUGGGUCUGACCAAAACGGCUUUGGAGACGAAGCAGCAGCAGCGGUAUUUCACGGCCGAAGAGAUUCAUGGCCUGUUCGAAUGGACCGACCCUGCUCAUGGGGAGACGCGGGCACUUCUACGACAUCAACACGGCAUUGAAGACUGUGCGGCACAGUGCGAUGCGCCCGACGAGUGGCUGAAAGCUGGCCCUGCCGUCGGCCUCAGCAGCUUCUCCUUCUUGUACAGUACCCUGCAGGGUGACCAGGACGAUGAGCUCGCGGGGGCAGCACCGGAAGUCAGGCUGAUGAAGGCCAAGCUCAAGAUCGCAGAGGACGCUGCCGGGAAGGCGGCGGCGGCGCGACUGGUGAAGGAAGGCUCCCUCACGACGGCGCAGCAGCAGUUGGAGAAAGCCGCAGCCGAAAUCAAGAGCGCAUCUUCUGCGCGUUCUACUGCAUCCGAGCAGUUGAAGAGAGCACAGGCGGCGCUGGGACAGUCUAAGAGACAAGAAGGCGUGGUGGAGAAGGAAGUGGAGAAGGCCCAACAGAGCUUUGAGACCUCGGCGAAACGGCUCGCAGAGGCCGAAGCGAAGCGAGACCAGCACGACGCAGAGGUCGAAAGCGGCACCGACGAAGCCCGCCAUGGUGCAACGGCCCUGCAGGAAGCCGAGACCAAGCUCUCGAAGACGCUUGCCCAGGUCGAGGCCGAGCUUGAGAAGGGCUUAGCUCUGGAAGCUCCCGUUGCCAAGAUCAAAGCAGCGCAGAAGGCCGCUGCCCGGCUUGCUGAGGCUGACGAGGCUGCACGGAGUGCACGCGAAGCAGCUGGUGAAGAGUGGGACAAAGCGCUUGAAAUCGAGUCUCGGUGUGCGGAGCAUCAGACAGACAUGACCCUGGCCAUGCAGGGGCUUGCACCAACAGGAUCCCCGCCGCUCAAGACCCUGCAGUCGGCACGCCGUGCAGCCGAGAAAGAGAAGCAGACUGCAGAGAAGGCGGUCGCCAAAAUCUCCGUGUCCGGAUCUCGAGCCCUCGAGCGCCUGAACCAGGCAGUGGCAGAGAUCAAGAGCGCGCUGAAUGCUGUGACAUCCAGCUUGCAUGGCCAGAGUGGGGAAGCUACACAGGCCUAUGCCAAGGUGCUGGAUGGAAUUGGGAAAGAGCUCGCCGAGGACUGGCGCAGCAGCCGGGCUGCCGCUGAGGCGGCAGCACGUGGCGCUGCGAACCAGCGCCGUGCGCAGCGGGCAAGGCUGAGCUCCAGCAGCAAAGCUCGCGAGGAGGCUGCACGUCAUGCGAUUGUGCAGAGGCAGUAUGCCAAGGUGAUGCAGAACCUCGAGGCCUGCCGCGCACGAACCGCAGAAGAUGAGGAAGCUUUGCAGACGGCGCAAGCUGCCGUGGCCGAGGCAGAAGGCCGAGAGCGGCAACAGAAACGGUUGCGUGAUGACUGCAAAGCAGCCAUUUGUGAUGCGAAGCAAUGCCUUAAGUCAGCCCGCCUGGCAGAAAAGGAGGCGACUGCAGAAAGGACCUCUCUCUACAAGCACUACGCAAAGGCUGAUGAGGGUCUGAAGGACGCGCUGAAGUUCGCCAAGUCUGCAGAGCAAGCUUCAGCGGCUGAGCGCCAGAAGGCGAUUGCUGCCAUCAAGGCCCUAAGGGCCGAGGAGUACGAUGCCAACCAGGUAGUGGAGGCUUACGAAUCCAAGAAGCGAGCGCGACAAGAUCAGCAAGACGUGGCGUAG